AUGGACGCCAAGAAGAAAACUGCCUGGUGCCUCAUCGAGUUCCUGAAGCAGCCCGGGAUCGCCAAAAGUGAUGAGGGAUACACGUUUGACGGCACGCCGCCGAUCCUCAAGUGCCCGGAUUGCAAGAAGCGGAUCGUCACCUUGAAGACGUACGUGGCCGUCCUGUUGCCCUGUGGCCAUCUAACAUGCUCGGGAUGCCAAACGAAUAAGGUUGACAGCGCAUCCCCGGCCAAGUGUGCCGUGUGCGGGCUCGGGCAUGCGACCGACAUUUCGAAGGGAUACAGCUGCUUUGAUGCCUACAUCGAGAAGCUUCUCGUCCAUCAAUAUGACAUGAUGGAGAAGGAUGCGGCGACUAGGGUGAACUCGAAGCCCUGCGAGGAAUGUCGCGCCGCCCAGCCGGUCGAGCGACUCUACAAGUGCGCCGACUGCAGCAAGGUGAUCUGCGGGAUGUGUUGCGUGGAUGCGCACAAGGCCCACGGCUGCGCAAAAUAUCUCGCGCCCGCGCUGACGGAAUUGGAGACGGCUACGACCACACGGAUUGCGGCAGCGGGUGAGGUGAUUGACAAGAAUAUUCGCAGCCUACAAACCGAACUCUCCCAGAGCACCACCGAGCUUUUUACAUCUCUAGCCUUGGAAAUCACGCUCAUCGGCCGGCAGACGAAAUAUAACGAUGCGGCGGACGUUGUGACGAGGGUCGAUAGCGCCGUGGCCGAGGUGGAGAAGGAAUGUCAAGUCUACUUCCCUGUUCUGCGCAAGCUCACCGAACGCGUCAAGCAGCUCAAGGAGGGCCUCACGGCUAAGCCAGACUCUACUCGGUCCGCGCUUAUUCAUAUUCCU